AUGCCACGCUCACCCGGGCUCUUCCUGAUGCUGCUUGUGCUGCAGCCGCUGCCAGCCCUGGGCCUCGGGCUCCGCAGCGCAGGCGGACGAAAGCCGGAGUGCGGUCCGUGCCGACCCGAGCGCUGUCCCGAGCCCGUGGGCUGCCCGGUGCCUGGCAUCGUGGCGCGCGACGAGUGCGGCUGCUGCGCGCGCUGCCUGGGCGCCGAGGGCGCGAGCUGCGGGGGCCGGGCCGGCGCGCGUUGCGGCCCAGGGCUCGUGUGUGCGAGCCGCGCCGCGGGGGCCGCGCCCGAGGGCACCGGGCUGUGCGUGUGCGCGCAGCGCGGCUCGGUCUGCGGCUCCGACGGCCGGUCGUACCCCAGCGUUUGCGCGCUGCGCCUGCGCGCCCGCCAGGCGCCCCGCGCGCUCCCUGGCCACCUGCACAAGGCGCGCGACGGCCCCUGCGAAUUUGCUCCUGUGGUCAUCACCCCACCCGAGAGUGUUCACAAUGUCACCGGGGCACAAGUGUACCUGUCCUGUGAGGUGAGGGCUGUGCCCACCCCAGUUGUCACUUGGAGGAAGGUCACACGGUCUCCUGAGGGCACCCAGGUAAUGGAGGACCUGCCUGGGGACCACAUCAACAUAGCUGUCCAGGUGCGAGGGGGCCCUUCUGACCAUGAGGCCACGGCCUGGGUUUUGAUCAACCCUCUGAGGAAGGAAGACGAGGGGGUGUACCAGUGCCAUUCAGCCAACGCAGUCGGGGAGGCCCAGUCGCAUGGCACGGUGACCGUGGUGGAUCGGAGUCAGUACCGAGCACCCCGCUUCCCCGCUCCAGAUGACCGCCUGUGA